AUGGCGCCUCUAUCAAAGGUUGCUCUCGUCGCCUUUGGAGCCAUCAACGGAGCUAAUGCGUGGGGUGUUUUGGGCCACGCAACCGUUGCUUACGUUGCUCAAAAUUACGCUUCCUCUGACACGGCAUCAUGGGCACAAGGUGUUCUUGGUGACACUUCCAGCUCCUACCUGGCUAACAUUGCCUCGUGGGCUGAUCAGUACCGGCUAACAAAAGCCGGCAAAUGGUCCGCUCCAUUGCAUUUCAUCGAUGCUGAGGAUAACCCCCCGUCGAGCUGCAAUGUGAACUACGAACGCGACUGCGGUAGCUCGGGCUGCUCGAUUUCUGCCAUUGCCAACUACACCCAGCGUGCAGGCGACGGCCGACUGAGCUCUGACCAUAUCGCGGAAGCCUUGAAAUUCCUUGUACACUUUCUCGGGGAUGUAACUCAACCGCUGCAUGAUGAGGCCUACGAGGUUGGCGGAAACUACAUUGACGUCACCUUCAACGGCUACAGCGACAAUCUUCACGCAGAUUGGGAUACAUACAUGCCCGAACAAUUGAUCGGUGGCGACACUCUUUCGGAUGCGCAGUCGUGGGCGAACACUUUAAUCAGCGAGAUCACCUCGGGCAGCUACAAAUCUCAGGCGGCAAGCUGGAUCGAGGGUGACACGAUCAGUGAUACUAUUACCACAGCCACUCGAUGGGCGUCGGAUGCCAACGCCUUCGUCUGCACCGUCGUCAUGCCGAACGGAGCUGCCGCCUUGCAGACGGGCGAUCUCUAUCCCACGUAUUACAAUUCCGUCAUCGGCACUAUCGAGCUGCAAAUUGCAAAGGGUGGCUACCGCCUGGGUAACUGGCUCAAUUUGAUCUACAACUCUGAUAUUGCCAAGCGCGAUCUAGAAAGCUUUGUCAAGGAGAAUCAAGACUCGACUUUUCCGGAGCUUCUUGGUCGCGAUGUGCUUCCAGAGCCUCGUCCGUUGAGUCGUGCGAAGCUGGCUAGAGCGGCCAUGGGAGAAGCAUGUUGUCGCUCAGAGAAGCGUGACCAUGUACAUUGA